CAUUAUAUGAUCCCACUCUGUGAUCUAUCUUCGACUAAAGCAUCAACAACUGGAACUAUUCACUAGUAGGUACAGUUACGAUGUCAAUCGGAUGACUGAUCGGGCUAAACUUCUCUCAACAUCCCCACAUCGUCCAACUUCCUCUUCUUGGCUGGAAACGAACGAACGAACUAAACGCUCUGGGUCUGGGUCCAGUUUCCCUUAAUAAUUCGGCAGGAUCCGGUUGGACCUGAACCUGAACCUGAACCUAGGAACAUCUCUACGGCGCCUACCAUUGUUCUUCUUCCCUUGAACCUUACCAUCCCCCAUCCCCCAUCCCCCAUCCCCCCACCGCAUCGAUCCUCCAACCUUCAAAGAAACCAACCGCGGAGCAUUCAGUCGGUGGGAUCAAAUGCGCCCCCUAUGCCGUUGCGCGCCACGCCCAACCACCCCUCCCACCCUCCUCCACCUCCACCACCACCCGCCGUCCGCGCCGGUCCCUCCACCACCAUCCCAUCGCUCAUGAACGGCACCCCCCCAAUCACCUCCCCCCCACGCCACGGAGGCCACUCCCGUUCCAUCAGCCACCCAUUCCCAGCCAUCGGCAACAAACGCCGUAACCGUUCGCAGAAGCAGGACUUCUUGGACUCCGACGACGACGACGAUGAUGACAGUGAUCAUGUGACGUAUCUGCCGCUGCCGGACUCCCUCGCGUCGCUGUCGACGAGCCCGCACAAGGGCCUUCCGCGUCCCUCGCCGGCCGAGGACUUGACGUCGGGUAGGUGUAUGACGUGUAAUUCGACCGUGCGCUGGCCGAAGCAUUUGAAGGUCUUUCGCUGUACGGAGUGCUUGACUGUUAAUGAUUUGGAGCCUUGGAGGGAGUCGGUGGAGGCAAAUCAUGGAGGUAGUAACACUAAGGAUGGGAGGGGGACGGCUCCGUCGAUUGCGCGGAAAGCUCUCCCGGUGUCGAUCGAACGCACGCGAAGCUUACUAGACGGCUGUCUGUCGGCCUAUCUUCGUCAACUGCUGGAACCCCCCGGUCCGCGACCCGGUCCACCAGCUCCACGCGCGGAUAAACACCUUGCGAUGGGCCAGGAUGAGAAUCUGUCGCGGUCCCCGAACCAGUCGUCCUACCUGUCUGAGCCCCGGCGGCCCGCAGACCCGAGAAGUCGCAGCGCGUCUGCGUCCAGCCGUCCGGGGAAGCCGGAUGGGAUGGGCGGGGCUGCCAACUAUAUGAAACCUCUACCUCCUCCGCCGAUUCAUCACGGGGAAGGGCGGGACUCGCAAAUGAGGAGUCGGGACGCGCAGAACGCACCCAAGUCGGAACGCCCGCUCCGGGGGCCUAGUCGUCCUCCCGAGUCCGAUCCCGCAGACCGCCAGAUGAGACGUCCGUAUAUCUUUAGGGCCCUGGAGGAGUACAUCAUCUCCCAUUUCAAGGGAUCGGAUUACUUGAACGCCUCGUUCACCACCGGCCAGCAUGUGCCGCGGGCGGCCAGCGAGAGCGCCCCUCCCAGACCAAAAGGAGAGUCGGGUGGUGCGCCGGCCCACGCGCAUCCCUCGGUCGAACCCGAUCCAAAGACGCUUCUUGUUGGGAAUCUUGCGGAGAACUCCACGUGGUGGACACCCGACGCCAACGGAGGCGCCGGCCACGGCCAUCCCCCGGCGAAAGAUAAGGGCCCCGCUACCCCCUCCCGGGCGGUCAACUCCCGCUCGCCUCGGAUCAACUGGGGAGAACUCGCGCACUGGUACCACCUGACCGUGACGGCCGGAUCGUCGUGGGUGGAGAAGUGGAGCGCGAUGCAGCCCGACGAGGUGCGAAGCGAAGAGGAUUACGCGAAGGCGCGGAGAUGGGACGCGGUCGACCUGAGCGUGGUGGACCGGGAAGUCACCGAGUCGCGUCUGCACCUGCACCGGGCGCUUCUCAAGGCCACGGAGAACCUGCUCAAACGCCCGCGACGGCCGCUGCGCAAGCCAGAGGAUACCAGGUUCCUCCUGAUCUUACUGGCGAACCCGUUGAUAUACCCCUCCAACCCAUCGCUGGCGUUACACACGACGCCUCGCGGGGACACCAGGCCCAUCGAUCCCCGCGAUCCUAGCCAGCGAGUGACGCCGCGCGACAUCAAGUCGCCGCCGACUAGACACCGCAGCGGCGGCCCGGGACAUCACUCGGGAAUCGUCAAGCGGAUAUUGGGUCUCCUAGCCAACCUGCCGAAUGACUGCCACCUUUAUCUCAUCUCGUGGUUUUCGCGCCUCCCCGUCUCGCAAUUCGAGAAGAUCGUCGACCUGGUUGGUGGGUUCGUGACCUACCGCCUGACACGCCAACAUGGACGGAAGCGGAGUCAGACCACGAACGAAGACAACAGUCUAGUCCCCAGCUUCUCAAGCGCCGCGGGGAACACCGCAGCCGAGUUGCACGCCGCGAUCAACGGGUGGGGUCCCAGCAAGAAGAACAACGACAAGCGAGACCAGCCGGUAGUCUACAGCGACGACUGGCAGGUCCGGGCCGCGGCACGGGUAAUGUCGCUGCUCUUCACGGCGAACAACUCGAGCGUGCAUCGCAAAGCGGACGGGCCUCUAGGCGCGGCAGCAGGCUCGAGCAAAAACCAGCCCAGCCGGCGGGGCCACAUGAUCCCUAUCAGCUCUUUCUACAACACGCUCCUGGACUACAGCGACCUCGUGGCGGAUUUUGAAGCGUGGGAAUCUAAGACGUCCAAGUUCUCCUUCUGCCAGUACCCGUUCUUCCUCAGCAUCUGGGCCAAGAUCCACAUCAUGGAGCACGACGCUCGUCGGCAGAUGGAGGUCAAAGCGCGCGAGGCGUUUUUCAAUAGUAUCAUGAGUCGUAAGGCGGUUAGUCAGUACCUCGUGCUGAAGGUGCGGCGUGACUGUCUGGUGGAGGACAGUCUGCGGGGGGUGAGCGAGGUGGUCGGCUCCAGUCAGGAGGAGACGAAGAAGGGGCUGCGGAUUGAAUUUGUGGGUGAAGAGGGAAUUGACGCGGGGGGACUUCGCAAGGAGUGGUUCUUGCUGCUUGUGCGGGAGAUAUUCGAUCCUUAUCAUGGACUCUUCCUCUACGACGAAGACUCGCGCUUCUGCUACUUCAACCCCUACUGCUUCGAAUCCUCCGAGCAGUUCUUCUUGGUGGGCGUGCUGCUGGGGCUAGCGAUCUACAACUCGACAAUCCUAGACAUCGCCCUCCCACCGUUCGCAUUCAAGAAGUUGUUAGCCGCAGCGCCGCAGACCAGCGGACCGCAUUCAUCGACAACACGAUCACCCUACAAAUGCAGCCUAGACGACCUAGCCGAGUACCGCCCCGCCCUCGCUAAGGGCCUCCGCGGCCUCCUAGACUUCGAAGGCGACGUCCGCGAAACAUUCUGCUACGACUUCGUCGCGCACGUCGACCGCUACGGCGAGGUCGUCCCCGUGCCCCUCUGCGCAGGGGGCGAAAACCGCCCCGUCACAAACGCCAACCGCCGCGAGUUCGUCGACCUCUACGUGCACCUCAUGCUCGACACAGCCGUCACGCGCCAAUUCGAGCCCUUCAAACGCGGCUUCUUCACCGUCUGCGGCGGCAACGCGCUCUCGCUCUUCCGCCCCGAGGAAAUCGAACUCCUCGUCCGCGGCUCCGACGAACCCCUCGACGUAGCCUCGCUCAAAGCAGUCGCCACCUACGAUAACUGGCCCGACCCACGCCCCGAGUCGACCCCGACUGUGCGCUGGUUCUGGGAUAUCUUCGAGACGUCGCGGCCCGCCGCGCAGCGUCAGAUUCUGUCGUUCAUCACGGGUAGUGAUCGGAUUCCGGCGAUGGGGGCGACGAGUUUGACCAUUAGGGUGUCGUGUUUGGGAGACGAUACGGCGCGGUAUCCGACUGCUAGGACGUGCUUUAAUAUGUUGGGACUGUAUCGGUAUCGCUCGAGGGGGGAGCUGGAGGGGAAGUUGUGGGAGGCGGUUGUUUGUAGUGAAGGCUUUGGGUUGAAGUAGUUUUCUUGCUUUAUUGUUUGAUGGAUCUUCCUUUCUUGUUAUUGAGUGAGUGAGUGAGUGG